GAAUACUCUAAGGAGGGAAGAAAUAAAGAAUUCAUGAAAAGACAUUAUAGACAUGUAAGGAUGAACCAAGGAUGUUCUAUAGAAUGGUAAAAUGAAGAAUAAGAAUGGGUUCAACAAACUGAAAAUAAAUGGCAAACAUGUUGAAGAAGAAGCACAAAUUGCAGAGGUUUUGAAUGACUUCUUUCAGUGUCUUCACUGGAGAGGGAACAUUUGGUAGACUGGUGACGGCAGAUGUGAAAGUAGAAGAGUGAGUGAGAUUGAGGUAACAGUGGAUGAGGUAAGAAUAAUGAUGGAAGACUUGGAUGUGAGGAAGGCACAGGGACCUGAUGGAGUGUCUGAUUGGGUGGUGAAGGAAUGCAGAGAUCAACCUGCACACAUGAUUUACAAACUCAUCAUAACUUCAUUAAGGGAAGGAGUGGUGCCCAACAUUGGGAAAAAAGCAGGUAUAGUCCCCAUAUAUAAGAGUGGAAGCAAAGAAGAACCAUUUAAUUAUAGACCAGCAUCAUUAACAAGUGUAGUGGCAAAAUUGGGCCAAAGAAUAGUGAAACAAAGAUGGAGUGAAUAUCUGGAAAAGAGAGAAAUAUUAAUAGACAGACAAUUCAGAUUUAGGAAAGGAAGGUCAUGUAUAACAAAUUUAAGAUGCUUCUAAUCCAGUCAUAGAUAUGGUACAAGAAAGAGAGGGAUGGGCAGAUUGUGUUUAUUUUGAUAAGGUGCCCCACAGCAGACUGUUGUGGAAAUGAGAAAUGUCUGGUGGGCUGAGAGGAGCACUCCUACAUUGGAUCAGUGACUUUCUGAGAGGAAGGGAAAUGAGAACAGUGGUCAAAGAUAAAAAGUCAUCAUGGAGAGAGGUAAUUAGUGGUGUUCUGCAGGGUUCAGUACUACCACCAGUCAUGUUUGCUACCUGUGUGAAUGAUGUGAUGGAAGGGGUGAAUAGUUACAUGAGUCUAUUUGCUGAUGAUGCAAAAUUGAUGGGAAAAGUGGAGAGGACAGAGGAUUGUGAAGCUCUACAGGGAGAUCUGAAUGUGAUUUGGGAUUGGAGUGACACUUGGAAAAUGGAGUUUAACAUAAAAAGAUGAGGAGUGUUGAAGUUUGGGCAUAAUUGUGUGAUGCCAGUCUUCAGUUAUAAAUUGGGUAAUGAGGAAAUAAAAGUGAAGAGUGAAGAGAAAGACCUUGGAAUUACUGUCACUGAUAAGUUGUCCUCAGAGGUACAUGUAAGAAGAAAGACAGGGGAAACAUAUAAUCUGGUGAGAAACAUAAGAACAACAUUCAACUACCUGGAUGAAGAGAUGAUUAGGGAUGUAACUGACAAUGAUAAGACCUAGUUUGAAAUAUGCAGCAGCGAUGUGGUCUCCCAGCACUAAAAGGGACAUAAAGAAAUUAGAAAGAAUACAAUGAGCAGCGACAAAGUUGCCUCUGACCCUAUCAGACUUAUCAUAUGAAGAGAGACUAAAACUAAACCUACCCACCCUUGGAAGAGAGAAGAGAGAGAGGUGAUCUGAUGGCCUUAUAUUGGAUUUUGUUGGACAGUGAAAAAUUGGACCAGAGUAAUUUGGUGGUGAGAGACUAGAAGCACGAGAGGGCAUGAGAAGAUGAAGAAGAAGGGUGUGUGUAGGAGGAUAUUAAGAAGAACAGUUUCCUGCAAAGUACUGCAGAAAUCUGGAAACACACACACACACACACACACACACACACACACACACACACACACACACACACACACACACACACACACACACACACACACACACUUAAAAACAUCUGAAAAUUUUUACUAUAAUCUUGUAAAUUUGUUCAUAAUUGUAUGACUUCUUUUAUGUCAUCUCUUAUGUGACCUGUUAUGACCUCUCAGGUACAGACUUGGGGGCAUCCAUUAUUGGCAGAAGCCCCAGUGUGCUGAGUGACGGGGCGGCAUGACCUUGCACAUCAGAGGGUCAGGUCAAUGUGUGCAUUGUGCAUAUUGUGCCUUAGUGGCCUGUCACCUUUCUCUCUCUCUCUCUCUCUCUCUCUCUCUCUCUCUCUCUCUCUCUCUCUCUCUCUCUCUCUCUCUCUCUCUCUCUCUCUCUCUCUCUCUCUCUCUCUCUCUCUCUCUCUCUCUCUCUCACACACACACACACACACACACACACACACACACACACACACACACACACACACACACACACACACACACACACACACACACACACACACAGAAGAUGUUGAAAUGGGAGAAGGAAUGGCAGAAGUAAUUAUAAUUCAAACAGAGGGAGGGUAGUUUGGAAAUCAAAGCUUUGUGCCAGACUCUAUCAAAAGCUUUUGAUAUGUCCAAGGCAACAGCAAAAGUUUCACCAAAAUCUCUAAAAGAGGAUGACCAAGACUCAGUAAGGAAAGCCAGAAGAUCACCAGUAGAGCGGCCUUGACGGAACCCAUACUGGCGAUCAGAUAGAAGGUUGUGAAGUGAUAGAUGUUUAAGGAUCUUUCUGUUGAGGAUAGAUUCAAAAACUUUAGAUAGGCAGGAAAUUAAAGCAAUAGGACGGUAGUUUGAGGGAUUAGAACGGUCACCCUUUUUAGGAACAGGUUGAAUGUUGGCAAAUUUCCAGCAAGAAGGAAAGGUAGAUGUUGACAGACAGAGCUGAAAGAGUUUGACUAGGCAAGGUGCAAGCACGGAGGCACAGUUUUGGAGAACAAUACGAGGGACCCCAUCAGGUCCAUAAGUCUUCUGAGGGUUUAGGCCAGCGAGGGCAUGGAAAACAUCAUUGUGAAGAAUUUUAAUACGUGGUAUGAAGUAGUCAGAGGGUGGAGGAGAGGGAGGAACAAGCCCAGAAUUGUCCAAGGUAGAGUUUUUAGCAAAGGUUUGAGUGAAGAGUUCAGCUUUAGAAAUAGAUGUGAUAGCAGUGGUGCCAUCUGGUUGAAAUAGAGGAGGGAAAGAAGAAGAAGCAAAGUUAUUGGAGAUAUUUAUGGCUAGAUGCCAGAAAUCACGAGGGGAGUUAGAUCUUGAAAGGUUUUGACAUUUUCUGUUAAUGAAGGAGUUUUUGGCUAGUUGGAGAACAGAAUUGGCAUGGUUCCGGGUAGAAAUAUAAAGUGCAUGAGAUUCUGGUGAUGGAAGGCUUAAGUACCUUUUGUGGGCCACCUCUCUAUCAUGUAUAGCACGAGAACAAGCUGUGUUAAACCAAGGUUUAGAAGGUUUAGGACGAGAAAAAGAGUGAGGAAUGUACGCCUCCAGGCCAGACACUAUCACCUCUGUUAGGCGCUCAGCACACAAAGACAGGUCUCUGACAUGGAAGCAGUAGUCAUUCCAAGGAAAAUCAGCAAAAUACCUCCUCAGGUCCCCCCAACUAGCAGUGGCAAAAUGCCAGAGGCACCUUCGCUUAGGGGGAUCCUAAGGAGGGAUUGGAGCGAUAGGACAAAAUAAAGAUAUGAGAUUGUGAUCGGAGGAGCCCAACGGAGAAGAAACGGUGACAGCAUAAGCAGAAGGAUUAGAGGUCAGGAAAAGGUCAAGAAUGUUGGGCGUAUCUCCAAGACGGUCAGGAAUACGAGUAGGGUGUUGCACCAAUUGCUCUAGGUUAUGGAGGAUAGCAAAGUUGUAGGCUAGUUCACCAGGAUGGUCAGUGAAGGGAGAGGAAAGCCAAAGCUGGUGGUGAACACUGAAGUCUCCAAGAAUGGAGAUCUCUGCAAUAGGGAAGAUGGUCAGAAUGUGCUCCACUUUGGAAGUUAAGUAGUCAAAGAAUUUCUUAUAGUCAGAGGAGUUAGGUGAGAGGUAUACAGCACAGAUAAAUUUAGUACGAGAGUGACUCCGUAGUCGUAGCCAGAUGGUGGAAAACUCAGAAGAUUCAAGAGCGUGGGCACAAGAGCAGGUUAAGUCAUUGCGCACAUAAAUGCAGCAUCCAGCUUUGGAUCGAAAAUGAGGAUAGAGAAAGUAGGAGGGAACAGAAAAGGGGCUACUGUCAGUUGCCUCAGACACCUGAGUUUCAGUGAGGAAAAGAAGAUGAGGUUUAGAAGAGGAGAGGUGGUGUUCUACAGAUUGAAAAUUAGAUCUUAGACCGCGAAUGUUGCAGAGGUUAACAAAGAAAAAGUUGAGGGGGGUGUCAAGACACUUAGGGUCAUCAACAGAAAGGCAGUCCGACCUGGGGACAUUUAUGGUCCCCUCCCCAGAUGGGGACUCCGAGGCUGGUGUAGGAGUCGCCAUUGUGAUUUUAAAAUUUUUGAGUGAAGGGUGUGUGUGUUAUUAGAUGCUUGUAGUUUUGUGUGGAGGAAGAGAGUUGUCUUUAGAGGGCAGGCUGUGACUGCCCCCUUGUGUUGUGAGUUACAAAGGGAAACGUUCAGUGAGGUCACAGCUGGGUUUAAUGAUAAGUUCACAGCACCCCGUGAACAGUGCUGCACACCUCACUGGGAGUAAUUAUCGUUUCGGAAGGUGUCUACUGCCUCCUCCUUGGAAAGCAGUAGGGAGUUUGGGAAGGCAAUGGGGGAUUUGGCAAGCCAAUGGAGAGUUUGGGAAGGCAGUGGGGAGUUUGGGGAGGCAGUGGUAAGUUUGGGAAGGCACUGGGAGUUGACUGGAGUUUUUAAGACAGACAGACACAGAGAGAGAGAGAGAGAGAGAGAGAGAGAGAGAGAGAGAUUAUAAAUAAAGAUAUGCACAGAAGCUGAUAAACGGGCAACAAUGCAUAAGGAGACUCCACAACAACAUAUCAAGUAUUAUAUCCAUGAACAGCACCCACCUACAUUCACUAACCAGGCUGAUCUGUACUGUACUUCUGUGUAUGGCAAUGAACUGCAGUAAAUAUGAACCAGUAUUUUUUUCUGUCAUUCUUGUUCUCUUUUACCUCAGGCAGUGCAGUGCAGACUCCAAGGCUCCCCGAGUGUACAGCAUUGUUGUGUGUGUGGAUGGGGUGUCUGUGCCAGACUCCUCACACUCUGUAUUGUAUCGCUGGGCAAGGUCACCUACUAUUGAGACAGUAGCUCUUCUUUGGUCACUGCCAGGCUCUCUUUUGGAUCUUCAUGGCAGUUUCCACAACAGCAAACACUGCAAGCUUGACCACACUGAUCUUGUCUCCAGUGAAGCUAAGAGUUGGAAUGUUUUUACCAAGGCCUUUGUUGGAGGCGUCCCCUGUGAUAUAGUGGACGACAACCUGGAGCUCUGUGACACACUGACAAGGGAGAAGGUUACUUGUCGCUCCAAGGCUAAGCUGGUCGGCCCCAUGAAUGUCACUGUCUGCAUUACCGGAAGAGGCGCGUCUGAAGUGACCAAGAUAGGAAGUGAUGUGCUGAGUUGGGCAGGAAUAUGAGAUGUAAGCAUUGGUGACCACUCAUGCUUGCCCACCCCGCUGAUUGACAACCUUGGUGAACUUUGGAUUUUUGAAAGUAAGGACUUCCCCACUAUCUUGAUUGUCUGGUGCUGUUUGGCCAGGUGAUCACUAGCAUUGGCAGAAGGUUUAAAAGUAUGGCAAUUAAGCAUAUGAUACAGCAACAUCAGAAAAUGUCUGUUUCAUAUAAUUCCCCACUGGAGCUUCUCUAUUCCACUUGAUUGCCAUUGCUUUAUGUGAAAUUGACUAGGUUUAAAUGUGAUAAAUGCACCUCAAACAUUUCAGAUUUAGACAAACUCGAUAUAUGCAUCAUUAAUGCACUCCCCUUGAAAAAUCUUUGGUGCCUGAAAAAUAUUGCAUUAUAAUUUGAGAGAUGAAGGGCUACAUGUAGUACAAUCAGCAAAUAAGUUAUUUUGCAUAUCUACGGACAUAAGUUUUUUUUAUUUACUCAUGAGGACUAUGGUCACAGGUUUCCCUCUCUGUUUAGCGGUCUUAACUCUUCAUGAUGUGUCA